AUGACGGGCUCAAUGAAUCUCGCAGUCCCUCUCAAGCUCGACGCCUUUAUUCUUAACAAAGAUGCCUGUGCCAAGGAUGAAAAAGGGUCUAAGAUCGCUCCCAUUACCAAGCCCAACUCUACCUUUUUGCAGCUUGAUGACUGUCUCACCCAAAAGGACAUUCUCAACCAUGUUAAUCUCCAUAAUGCCUUUCCUGCUCAAACAAACCCCCAUGCAUAUAAACUGGAAAAGGAAGAAGUCUGCAGGAAUCACAAGGGCAUCUACCUACAUUGGGUCAUGCCGCGUUUCUACCGCACAGGAGUGGCAGUGACAGAAUCGGCGGCUGACCAGCAUACCGAGGAACACAGAGAGAAGGGAUUGGGAAAAACAUGUGCGAAUGACUCCAAGGACUAUUCAGCUGUCCGAGCAGUCCCCAACCGAUGGCUGGUGAUCCGGAAAAUCGAUCCCGACUCUAUUGAGCCCAAGACUGCAGAUAUCAAAACGGUUCAUGGAUGGCUUGUGGAAAGUGACCGAGUGCGCACCACUGACGAGGAUGAUCUGUAUGGUGCGGUGGACAUCGCGCCGUAUAACCCCACGAACAAUCAAAGCGUGGGUAGCAUUCAGCCGGAGAGACAGGCAGAAAUAUUCAUCGGCCAUAAGCAAUCCACCAACGAUUGGAGGGAGCUGGACAAUGAUGACACCGACCCAGAAACUAUCGAUCAAGGCAUACAGCCAAUGAUAUAUAAGAUAUCUUGA